AUGCGAAAUGUAAAAAAUGCUAGAGAUGUACUAAAUUUUAUAAGAGAAUUAAUUACAUUUAUUAAACAAUCACCUAAGAGACUAUCUUGGUUUAAAACGAAUCAAAAAGACGAAAAUAUGACAUCUCUAAGACCAUUUUGUCCUACUAGAUGGACGUUACGAUAUACUUCUCUGUGCUCUGUUAUGGAUAACUACAAUGAGCUAUUGACAUUUUUGUCAGAUUUUUCAAAAACUGAACACAAUGAUGCAGGUUCAAAGGCAAAUGGAUUUUUCAAACAAUUAAAAACUGCAGAUACUUAUAUAAUGCUUAAAAUAGUGAUAAAAGAUACUAUUUCAAAUUUGAGAGAUACAUUUCACAUUUUAUGGAAAUCUGCAAAGAAAGAAUGGUCAGAUUUAAAAUUAGAUGCACCAAAGGAAUCUAGAAAACGAAAAAAACCUCAAAAAUAUGAAGACGGAGUAACAAAGUCCUUUGAAUUUUCACCUGAAAGUAAAUAUAAUCAAAUACAUAAAGAAAUCAUUGAUCAUAUACUUUCUGGCUUACAACUAAGAUUUAACUCUGAAAUUCGAUCAUUUUUAUGUAAUGUGGAAAUGUUUUUAAUUGAUCCAAAAAUAUCACCCGAAAUAAUAUGUACAUUUUACAAGGAUGAUAUAAAUAUUGAUAAGCUAAAACUUCAUAGAGAUAUGUUUCAUGGUAUAAUUAAAGGCCAAGGAUUAAUUGUUUCAUCCUUCGCAGAUAUAUUAAAUAUUUUUAAAAAUAAAUCGUAUUUAGUCAUUCAUUUAACAGAGCUCAGGAAAUGCAUACAAUUGAUAUUAACAGUACCAGUUACUACAUGUACUACCGAACGAUAUUUUUCUAUGUUGAGGAGGUUAAAAACUUAUACCAGAAGUACCAUGACGCAGACCAGAUUUGAUAGUUUCCCCACACGUGAGCAUGCAACAUAUAGUUGCCCAUGGGAAAAACAUAGAUUUUCCAAGUCCAAGCCACAAAUGGACAUUGUUUGUCCUUGA